AUGCGGCUCACCUACCCCGACAUCGUCCGCCGGCUCUACGACCUCGAGCGCCUUGCCGAGCCGCCAGCCCCGGGCGAGCGCGGCGGUUGCAUGUCGAGCUACGACCGGCGGUCUCGCUACGACCCCGAGACGGACCGCUACAUUGACUGGGACGCCAACGACGACGGCGGCGGCGUCAUCCGGGAAGAGGGCCAGUGGGUCGUCGCCUUCGAGCAGCGCGGGCCCGGCGUCAUCUGGCGCAGCUGGUCCGCUAUGCCCGACGUCGGCCGCAUCCAGAUCUUCAUCGACGACGAGCAGGAUGGUGAGCCCGCCGUCGACAUGCCCUUUCGGGACUUCUUCGACCGCUUCCAGGGCAUGCCGUGCAACUUCCCCUCCAUCGCGCCGACGCUGUCGCGCGGCCGCAACAGCUUCAUCCCCAUCCCGUACAACACGUACGCAAAGAUCCGCCUCGGGCCCGGCUGGGGGGCCUACUAUCACUUCACGUACACGUCGUUCCCGGAGGGUACGGGACUGCCGCGCUUUGACGGCACUUUUGACCGGGAAGCGUGUCUGGCCCUGGCCGCGGCCGAUCGCAAGCUGAGUCGGCGCGGCUGGUCCGCGCUGCCCCGGGCCAAGGGCGACACGCUGGAGACGCUCACGGUCACCGUGCCUCCCGGGGAGGUCCGCGACGUGCGAGAGAUCACGGGAAACCGGGCCAUCACCGGGAUCCGCGUCGUGCCGCUGGAACUGCCCGAGGAUCCCCAACGGACGGCCCGGGUCCUGCGAGAGCUCGUCUUCCAGGUCACCUGGGACAAUGACGAGUCGCCGAGCGUCUGGGCCCCGCUCGGCGACUUCUUCGGCAGCGUCCCCGGCAUCCAGACGUACCGGGCCCUCCCGCAAGGCUCGACGGACGGCGGCGGCUUCUACAGCCACUGGUUCAUGCCCUUCUCCGAGCGCGCCGCGAUCCAGGUGGGCAACGACGGCGAGGAGGAGCGGAGGCUGCUGUUCACCGUCUGCCACCGCCCGCUCGAGAAGCCGGCCGGGGACAUGCUCCGGUUCCACGCCAAGUGGCACCGGGACGCGUUCCUCGAGAAGCCCGCCCGCGAGGGCCGCGGCAUCGACUGGCCCCUCCUGAUGCUGGGCGGCGGCGCCGGACCGGGCCGGUUCUGCGGGGUGCAGAUGCACGUCUGGAACCGCUGGGAAGAGCCCGAGGUGCCGGCGGACGACUGGUGGUACGGCGUCGGCGGGCGCAAGUCGGUCGACUGGUGGUGGGGCGAGGGCGACGAGAAGUUCUUCGUCGACGGCGAGCGGUUCCCGUCCACCUUCGGCACGGGCUCCGAGGACUACGUCGGCUACGCGUGGGCCGCGGAGCCGCCCUUCCCCGCCUUCGAGAGCGCCUACGCCUGCCAGCCCCACGUCGAGCUGGACGCCAACGGGCACACGUCCGUCUGCCGCUUCCACGUGUGCGACGACGUGCCCUUCCGCGAGAGCUUCGAGGCCUACAUUGAAAAGUACAAGCCCAACAACUGGGGCCGCGCCAACAAGUGCCUCUACGCCGUCGUCGCGUACUGGUACCAGGGGGCCGGCCUCCGCGACGCCUACGAGAGCGUCCCGGUGGGGGAGCGGUACUUGGAGCUGAAGAGCCCUGCUGGGACGCGCGGGGACGAGCGGUAA